GCGUGGUGGCAUGCACCUGUAAUCCCAGCUACUCAGGAGGCUGAGGCAGGAGAAUUACUUGAACCCAGGAGGCAGAGGUUGCAGUGAGUCGAGAACGCACCACUGCACUCCAGCCUGGGCAACAGAGCGAGACUCUGUCUCAAAAAAAAAAAAAAAGAAAAAAGAAAAAAAGAAAAAACAAGAAACGAGAGGCAGAAAUAAGACAGGAAAAUUCAGUGGAAGCUAAAACUAAUAUUUUUCAAAUCUGUUGAAGAGGAAGCCUUUCAAGAAACAGUUACAAAACUAAGGAUCUUGAAAUAUUCCCUGAAACAAGAAACAAAUAAUGAGAAAGUGUAGAAAAGUUACAGUGUGGAAGGCUUCCACCCUUAGAACUUAACAAGGAUGAUAAAACAAGUGUUAUAAGUAAAAAGGAUUGAUGGAGACAAUUCAGGAACAGGAAUAUCCAGUGGAAGUUCAUAGACCCCAGUCCCUACCCCAUUACCCAGAUGAAGGAACUGAUGUCCCAAGAGGAGACACUUAAGACAGUGCGCCUUUGACCUAGCAGAGCACAGCACUGCAGUCCAAUGACGAAUUUGGUGCAAGCCCUUCCUCAACGGAUUUGAUGUAACCAAGGAACUUACUCAAGAAAACUCGGUUUCACCUCCAUCCUUCAUAGAGGGAUUGAUUAUUGUCUCCUCUGCUGGGACACUGGCACAAGUUUAUCAGCUCUUCCCUCCAGCUGUUCAUUGGCUACCUUUGCCCCCAGUCCCCCUGCUUUUUUUUUUUUUUUUUUUUUUUUUGAGACAGUCUCACUCUGUCACCCAGGCUGGAGUGCAGUGGCAUGGUCUCAGCUCACUAUAGCCUGAACUUCCCGGGCUCAGGUGAUUCUCUUACCUCAGCCUCGCAGGCACAUGCCACCAAGCCCAGCUGAUUUUUUGUAGAGAUGAGGUUCGCCAUGUUGCCCAGGCUGGUCUCUAACUCCUAGGCUCAAGUGGUCCACCUGCCUCAGCUUCCCGAAGUGUUGGGAUUACAGGCGUGAGCCACCACUUCUGGCCGCCUUUUUUCUUUAAAGUAGUUUUCUUCAGGUUCUAUUGUUGUUAAGACAUUACUCAUAUACCAUAAAAUUCACCUUUUUAAAGUCUACAGUUCAUGCUUUUUAGUAUAUUCCCAAGGUUGUACAAACAUUACUGCUAUCUAAUUCCAGAACAUUUUUAUCUUCCCAUAGAGAAGCUUUGAACCCAUUAGUAGACAUUUCCAAUUCCAUCUCCUUGACUGGCCAACCACUAAUCUACUGUCUGUCUCUAUGGAUUUACCUAUUCUAAAUAUUUCAUAUGAAUUGAUUCAUAUGAUAUGUGGCCUCUUGUGUCUUGCUUUUCUUAUUUAAUGUUUUUAUGGUUUACGUGUGUUGUAACAUGCAUCAGUAUUACAUUCUUUUUUACAGCUGAGCAAUAUUCUAUCAUACAGAUAUACUACAUAUUGUUUAUCCAUUAUCAGUUGAUGAACUUUUGGGCUGUUUCUACCUUUUGACUAUUGUAAAUAGUACUGCUAUGAACAUUCAUGUACAAGUUUUUGUAUAGACAUAUGUUUUCAUUUCUCUUAUAUACCUGGGUAUAUGCCUGGAAGUGGAAUUGCUGAGUCAUAUGGUAACUCUAUGUUUAACUUUUUGAGAAACUGCCAGACUGUUUUCCAAUGUGGCCACACCAUUUUAUGUUGCCACCAACAAUGUAUGAGGGAUCCAAUUUUGCCACAUUCUUGCCAACAUUUGACUCUUUAAUUAUAGCCAUCCUAGUCAGUAUGAAAUGGUAUUUCAUUGUGGUCCUAAUUUGCAUUUCCCUAAUGACUAUUGAUAUUCAGCAUCUCUUCAUGUGCUUAUUGGCCAUUUGUGUAUCUCUAGAAAAAUGUCUAUUCAAAUACUUUGCUCACUUUUAAUUGGGUUGUCUUUUUGUUAUUGCAUUAUAAGUUAUUUAUAUAAUCUGGUUACUAGAGCCUUAUCAGAUUUGCAAAUAUUUCUUCCAUUCUGUGGAUUUAAAUUUCUUGAAAUAUCCUUUGACGCACUAUUGAACUACUUUUAACAAAUAUUUAUCUGGGCAUGGUGGCUCAUACCUGUAAUCCCAGCACUUAGGGAGGCCCAGGCAGGUGGGUCGCUUGAGCCCAGAAAUUCAAGACCAGCCUGGGCAACAUGGCAAAACCCCAUCUCUACAAAAAAUACAAAAAUUAGCCAGGUGUGGUGGCAUGCGUCCGUAGUCCCAGCUACUCCAGAGGCUAAAGUGAGAAGAUCGCUUGAGCCGGGCAGGUGGAGACUGCAGUGAGCUACGAUGCACCACUACAUUCCAGCCUGGGCAACAGAGACCCUGCCUCAAAUAAAUACAUUCAGUAAAAAGACAAAUAUUUAAAAAUUUUAAAGCAAACCAGAUUAGAAAAUGUGUAGUUGGUGUUCAUUUUUAUUUAUUUAUUUAUUUAUUUAGAGAUGGAGUCACGCAAUUGUCCCCCAGGCUGGAGUACAGUGGUGCGAUCUCGGCUCACUGCAACCUCCACACCUCCCGGUUCAUGCGAUUCUCCUGCCUCAGCCUCUCGAGUAGCUGAGAUAACAGGCAUGCGCCACCACGCCCGGCUAAUUUUUGUAUAUUUAGUAGAGACGCGGUUUCGCCUUGAUGGCCAGGCUGGUCUUGGACUCCUGACCUCGGGCGAUCCGCCCACCUCGGCCUCCCAAAGUGCUGGGAUUACAGGUGUCAGCCACUGUGCCCAGCCGCCCUACAGCUUUAGGAGUAAACGAUUGUAUACAGACCAUGUUCUGAGGCUUCCAAACCGAGUCUUGAGUUCAUUAAGGGAUCCAUCACAGUGAUAGCUAUAGCUGUUACAGCGUUUAUAUGCCAGGCGCUGUUUGGGCACUCUACAUGUAUUAACCUAUUUAACUCUCAUAACAAUCCUAUGAGGCAGAGACUGUUAUCAUACUCAUUGCACAGAUGAGAAAAUGGAGGCAGAGAGGGAGGUUCAGUAAUUUGCCUGAAGUCAAAAAGUAGGGUACCAGAGACGGGCUCCAGAUUUUGUUGCUUUCAACCACUUGUUAUACUGCCAAGGUGGAAUUAAAGCAUUUCAAAGAAUGCCUACUCCCUCGCUUUGGAGAGAGUAGUGUUUUAAUGGUGUCUGCACUGUGGACAUUUUUCCUGUCCUUACCGCUCCAGAAACUAGUAGUGCUCCCUGUCCAGGUGUCUUCGUUACACAUUUGCCUUCCUAGUCUGGAGUCCCCUCGGCUUCAAGAUCCUCUCUCCUCCCUGGGGGUCUGACCGAGGCUUUAAUGCUCUUUGAAGUAACAGCGAAAUAGCCCUUUGUCUCCCAAGUGGAGUGGUUCUAAAUUUCUGGUAACCAAUGAGCGCCAAGGAACCGCGGAUUCCGCCCAGGGAGGCUCAAAGCUGAGCCGUGGGUGGAGCCUGCGGAGGGGGCGGAACUGAGCCGCAGCGGCGUACCUACUGUGUGCCGCGUGCGCUGCCUGGAGUGGAGCUAUGAGCUGGACCUGUCCGCGUUGCCAGCAACCUGUUUUCUUCGCUGAGAAGGUGAGCUCCCUCGGCAAGAACUGGCACCGCUUCUGCCUGAAAUGUGAGCGCUGCCACAGCAUCCUGUCCCCUGGCGGGCAUGCAGAGCACAACGGGAGGCCAUACUGCCACAAGCCGUGCUAUGGGGCUCUCUUUGGACCCAGGGGGGUGAACAUUGGUGGUGUAGGCUCCUACUUGUACAAUCCCCCCACUCCCAGCCCUGGCUGCACCACUCCUCUCAGCCCCAGCAGCUUCAGCCCUCCCAGGCCAAGGACUGGCCUCCCCCAAGGCAAGAAAAGCCCUCCUCAUAUGAAGACAUUCACUGGGGAGACCUCGCUGUGCCCUGGCUGUGGGGAGCCCGUCUAUUUUGCUGAGAAGGUGAUGUCAUUAGGCAGAAAUUGGCACCGACCGUGUCUGAGGUGCCAGCGUUGCCACAAGACCCUGACUGCUGGGAGUCAUGCUGAGCAUGAUGGAGUCCCCUACUGCCACGUCCCCUGCUACGGCUACCUGUUUGGCCCCAAAGGUGUGAACAUUGGCGAUGUGGGCUGCUACAUCUAUGACCCAGUGAAGAUAAAAUUCAAAUGAGACGCUAACAAAAAAGGUCACCCUAACUCAGGCCUCCCAUCAUGCCCCUCAUGGUCCAAUGGGAGCUACAAAAAUCUACAGUCCCAUGGGGGUUGGGGAAGGUGGGAUCUUGGGGGCCUGGGCCUAGGCUCUAUGGUAGGCCCUCUGGCUCUCUGCCAAUUUUUUCCCUUUCCCAUUUCUGUCUAGUUAGGGAACAGCCCGUUUUGAAGGGUAUCCUCCUGGCCAUCACAACCCCUUUCCCCGGCACAUUCUGGAGCUUCAAGGUAUUCAUAAAACUUGUGUUUAUUGAAUUUCAGCCUCUCUGGCCUCUUCAAUAAAAUGUUGGCUCCCA